AUGUCGUCUAAAGAAGAGGAAAUGGACUACAGAGGGUUUACAGAUGAGGUUGCUGAGGAAAUCAAAGAUAUUGUAAGACAAUAUUCUCAUGAUGAACCUGGUGAUAAUUCUUUAGCCCUUCAAAGAACCUUAUCUCAUAUGUCACAAAUUCCAGGAGUCAAUCCAUUCACUGGAAAUGAGGUUGAUCCUAGAUUGGAUCCAGAAUGUGAUGAGUUUGACUCGAAAUUCUGGGUGAAGAAUUUGAGAAAGUAUAUGGACACCGAUGCUGAUUAUUUCAAGCCUUCAAAAUUAGGAGUUGCAUUUAAAGACCUUAGAUGUUAUGGUACAGCCGUAGAUAGUGAUUAUCAAGCAAACUUUGCCAACGGUGUUUACAAAAACUUGUCAAAUAUGAUCACUGACUUCACUAGAAAUGGUGAAGAUGGUUUUUUUGAUAUUUUAAAACCUAUGGAAGGAUUAUUGAAACCUGGGGAAUUGACCGUUGUGUUAGGAAGACCAGGUGCGGGCUGUUCAACAUUUUUGAAGACCAUUGCCACACAAACCCAUGGUUUCCAUGUAGAUCCUCAAUCAUUGAUCAGUUACGACGGACUUACACCUGAAGAAAUAUCCACCCAUUAUAGAGGAGAUGUGAUUUAUUGUGCAGAAACCGAACAUCAUUUCCCCCAAUUGGCCGUAGGGGAUACUUUGGAAUUUGCAGCCAGAAUGAGAACUCCUCAUAAUAGAGGUGAUGUUGAUAGAGAAAGGUAUGCCAAACAUUUGGCUGCUGUUUAUAUGGCUACUUAUGGAUUAUCACAUACCAGAUACACCAAAGUUGGUAAUGAUUUUAUAAGAGGGGUUUCUGGAGGAGAAAGAAAGAGAGUUUCUAUUGCUGAAGCAGCUAUACUGCAAAGUAAAAUCCAAUGUUGGGAUAAUUCUACCAGAGGUUUAGAUUCAGCUACAGCAUAUGAAUUCAUUAAUGCCUUAAAGACAAGCGCUUCUGUUCAAGAAACUACACCAUUGGUGGCUAUUUAUCAAUGUUCCCAAGAUGCCUAUGAUAUCUUCGAUAACGUAGUAUUGUUGUAUGAAGGAUAUGAGAUCUUUUUUGGCAAAACUACCGUAGCUAAAAAAUUCUUCGAAGAUAUGGGCUAUCAAUGUGCUGAAAGACAAACCACAGCUGAUUUUUUGACUUCAUUAUCUAAUCCAGCUGAAAGAAUUGUUAAGCAAGGGUAUGAAAAAAGAGUUCCAAGAACACCAAUUGAAUUUUAUCAGUACUGGAGAAACUCUUCACUUAGACAAGAUUUAUUGACCGAAAUUGAUCAAUACUUGAGGGUGGCACCGGAAAACAAUGAUAUAAAAGAAAACCAUCGGGCUAAGCAAUCAACAAAAUCUAGACCGGCUUCACCAUAUGUGGUAUCUUAUGGUAUGCAAGUCAAAUAUAUCUUACACAGGAAUUGGUUAAGAUUAAAAGCCGACCCUUCAAUUACGUUAUUUUCAGCCAUUGGUAAUUCCAUCAUGGCGUUGAUUACCGCAUCCAUCUUUUAUAACUUAAAACCAACGACAGAGUCAUUCUCCCAUAGAGCUUCAGCUUUAUUUUUUGCUACCUUAUUCAAUGCUUUUGCUUCUAUUUUGGAAAUUUUUUCUCUUUAUGAAGCAAGACCCAUAGUUGAAAAGCAUAAGACUUAUGCUUUAUAUCAUCCUAGUGCCGAUGCUUUUGCUUCGAUUAUCACUGAAUUACCCAAUAAAUUGAUUACAGGAAUAAUUUUUAAUCUUAUCAUUUACUUCAUGGUAAACUUGAAAAGAAGUCCAGGGCCAUUCUUCUUUUUCCUUUUAAUUGCUUUAUCAGCUACCAUUACGAUGUCUCAUAUAUUCAGAACCAUUGGUGCUGCUACCAAGACUCUUUAUGAGGCAAUGACUCCAGCAUCUCUUAUUUUAACAUCUUUGAUACUUUUCACAGGAUUUGUGGUUCCUACCCCCAACAUGUUAGGAUGGUGUCGUUGGAUUAAUUAUAUCAAUCCUAUAGCCUAUACUUUCGAAGCAUUGAUGGCUAAUGAGUUCCAUGGAAGGGAAUUCGAAUGUUCCCAAUAUAUUCCAUCUGGACCAGGGUUCCCAACAACUGCUACCGGCAACACCAAUGUUGCCUGUUCUGUAGUAGGAGGUGCUUUGGGUGAAAAUAUGGUUAGUGGAGAUAGGUAUAUUGCAUUAUCCUAUCAAUAUUACUACAGUCAUGUGUGGAGAAAUUUUGGUAUUACUAUCGGAUUUAUGGUUUUCUUCCUUUUAACAUACAUUGUUUUGUGUGAGUUUAACAAAGGAGCUAUGCAAAAGGGAGAGAUAUUGUUAUUCCAAAGAAGUGCUUUAAAGAAAGAGAAGAACCUUGCUUCUUCUUCUGAUCUUGAGAGUGGAGAUUAUGAAAAGACUCCUGUUCAAUAUGAAAACUCUGAUGAUGAUCAAAAACUCAUUAGAAAUACCAAUAUCUUCCAUUGGAGAAACAUCACUUAUGAAGUUAAGAUAAAAUCCGAAACCAGAGUUAUUUUAGAUGAUGUUGAUGGUUGGGUUAAGCCUGGUCAAGUUACUGCAUUAAUGGGAGCUUCUGGUGCUGGUAAAACCACUUUAUUGAAUGCCUUGAGUGAAAGAUUAACUUCUGGUGUGAUUACCAGUGGUACUAGAAUGGUUAAUGGGAAUUCUUUAGACAGUUCAUUCCAAAGAUCCAUUGGUUAUGUUCAACAGCAAGAUUUGCAUUUGACUACUUCUACUGUUAGAGAAGCUUUGACUUUCAGUGCUUAUUUGAGACAACCCAAUCAUGUUUCUAAGAAAGAAAAGGAUGAUUAUGUUGAAUAUAUUAUCAAGUUGUUAGAAAUGGAACGUUAUUCCGAUGCUGUUGUGGGUGUGGCAGGUGAAGGUCUUAAUGUUGAACAACGUAAACGUUUAACCAUUGGUGUUGAAUUAGUAGCUAAACCUAAAUUAUUAGUUUUCUUAGAUGAACCAACUUCAGGUUUGGAUUCACAAACUGCUUGGUCAAUUUGUAAAUUGAUUAGAAAAUUGGCCGACCAUGGUGAAGCUAUUUUGUGUACUAUCCAUCAACCUUCGGCUAUUUUGUUACAAGAAUUUGACAGAUUAUUAUUCUUACAAAAAGGUGGACAAACAGUUUAUUUUGGUGAAUUAGGAAAGAAUUGUUCCACUUUGAUUGAUUAUUUUGAAAAACAUGGAGCUCCUAAAUGUCCACCUCAAGCUAAUCCUGCUGAAUGGAUGUUACAAGUAAUUGGAGCAGCUCCUGGUUCUCAUGCCAAACAAAAUUAUUAUGAAGUUUGGAAACAAUCUAACGAAUAUCAAGACGUACAAAAGGAACUCAGUUAUAUGGAGAAUGAAUUGGUCAAGUUACCCAAAGAUGAAAGUGCUGAAAAUUUAAAGACUUUUGCAACUCCAAUUUUCAAACAAUACUUGAUUGUCACCAAAAGACUUUUUGAACAGUACUGGAGAACUAAUGCUUACCUUUAUUCUAAAUUUUCCAUGGCCAUUCUUACUUCCUUAUUCAAUGGGUUUGUGUUUUUUAAAGCUGAUAGAUCCUUACAGGGGAUGACUAACCAAAUGUUUUCUAUUUUCAUGUUCAUUUCUGUCUUUGGAACUUAUGUUCAACAAUACUUGCCAUUAUUCAUUUCUCAAAGAGAAAUCUAUGAAGUAAGAGAAAGUCCCUCCAGAACUUUCAGUUGGAUAGCUUUUAUGGCAGCCCAGAUCACAACUGAAAUACCUUGGGAUAUUGUUUGUGGUACAGUGGCUUUCUUCUGUUGGUAUUAUCCUGUAGGAUUAUAUGAAAAUGCUGUACCAACCGACACAGUAACUGAAAGGGGAGCAUUUAUGUGGUGGAUGAUGGUUCUUUACUACAUCUAUAACUCCAGUAUGGCUCAAUUGGUGGUGUCGUUCAAUGAACUUGAAACCAAUGCUGCUAAUUUAGCCAAUUUAUUCUUUUCCAUGUGUUUAAUGUUCUGUGGGGUAUUAGCUUCGAGUGAUACUAUGCCACGAUUUUGGAUUUUCAUGUACAGAUUCAACCCUAUGACAUAUUUUGUUAGUGCUGUUUUAUCCACUGGCUUAGCAGACUCUACCGUUACUUGUUCAAAGAGAGAAUUAGUACUUUUUAAUCCUUUUGAUGGUCAAACUUGUUAUGAAUACGUUGGGAAGUUUGCCAAUCUGACUGGUGGUAAUCUACUCAAUCCCCAAGCAACUUCAUCGUGUGAAUUUUGUACACUUUCAACCACUAAUCAAUUUUUAGAUCAAGUCAAUUCUUCAUUAUCCACCAGAUUUAGAGAUAUGGGUGUGUUUAUAGGGUUUAUAGUUUUCGAUUGGGUUCUUGCAUGUUUCUUUUACUGGUUAACUAGAGUACCUAAAAGAUCUAGAGAAAAAAAGAAGUGA